AUGCAGAAAAAUGAGGAAGUUUGCUCAAAAACAGAUAAUUUAAAAGAUGAAAAAGAAGUUAAAAACCAUUUAAUUUUAGUUAUAGAUGUUAACUUAUUAAUAUGGUGUGAAGGAUUAAAAAUAAAGUUUGAUAAAAAUCAAGUAAAAACUUUAAAAUUAUCCGAUUUUUUUAAAUCAAUUUUUCAAUUUAUAAGAUUCUAUUGUUUCAUGAGUAAUUCAGAAAGGAUAUGUAUAAUUGCUACAUGUUCUAAUAAUUGUAAAAUCAUAUAUGAAAAUUAUAUAUCUUAUGCUAAAAAUAAUUUAACAGAAAAUGAUUAUUGUAGUGAUACUUAUGAUAAUUUAAUUAAUUUUAUUAAUGAAAAUAAAAGUGAUAAAUUAAGUGAAAGUACCUUAUCAUCAGCCUUAAUCAUUGCAUUAUGUUAUAAUAAUAGAAUUUGUAAUUUAUAUGAAAAUAUUAAUACUAGAAUAUUUUUAUUAGAUAUAUCCAAAAGCCACUUUUAUACCAAUCAAUAUACACAAUUAAUGAACAUAGCUUAUAAUGCUAAAAGAAAUAAUGUAAUAAUUGAUGUCUUUUCACUUAAUCAUAAAACGAAAAUACUUGAACAAAUAUGUAAUAUUACCAAUGGUUUAUAUAUAGAUAAUAGCAUAUUUUUAAAUGUUAAUUGCAAUGAUAAAAUUGAAGAUAUAUUGACACAAAUUAUUAUUUUUUGGUUUUUACCCUCAAAUAAUUCGAGAAAAUACUUUUCUAAUACAUACUUAAAUGAAGAUACCAAUAUAGCUGUUUGCUCCUGUCACAACAAGCAAAUAGAUAUAGCUUAUAUUUGUUCUUGUUGUUUAGCUAUUUACUGCUCGGAAAAGGAUUCUCAAACUAAUAAAGAUAGAAUUUGUUGUUCUAUUUGUAAAACAAGAUUUACUAAAUCAUUAUUAAGAAAUAAAAUUGUUUCCGAUCUAGAUUUUACUUUUAUUUAA